CGAACACUACCUGUCGUAGAGAUCACAUACGAAUAUCUAUUGACCAACUCCCCUUCCGUCGCAUCAUGGUGCGGUAGUCUCUCGCCAGUUGACCCGCCACUUACACUCUUCUCUUACGUGCUUCGCUCUCCGCCAUGGCCGAGACCGAGGCGCGCCAAUGGACGUUCGUCCUGAUUCUGACCGCGCUCCUCCUUUCCCUCGUCGUACUCUCCCAGAUCCUGACAGCGUAUGUCACUGCCUACCGUGUCGCUCCCAACGAGAUCACAUCUUUCAUCGAUGCCGUCGACUUUUCUGUCGAGGAGAACGAGAGCUACGACCGCGAUGUCGCCAAGGUCCAGCGCCUUGAAGAUAAGCUCCGUCUAGGUCGCCUGUUGCGCGAGAUCCAGAAGGGCGGCGACGACCUGCGUGAGGAGAUCAACUUCCUGCUUCUUUCCGAAGACGCCACUUCUCUACGCCUGAGCGCCCGCCUUCUCUGGGCGAGCAAGCGCCGCGGUCUCGAGGAGCGUGUGCGCCGGCUGGAUCUCGUGAGGAUGCGCUUCCUCGUAGUAUACAUGGGUGUGGUCGCGGAUCGAGCGAACGUCACAGCAGAACGUCAAGUGCCCGUGGCAACGCCGACAAUACCGCAAAGAAACCCUGAAAAGACGCCUGUUUCCCCCUUCACGCCCCCAAUGACCAACUUGAACGCCCACUUGACGCGCGCCUUGACCGAGGAGAUUCGAGAGCGGCCGCCGCUGCGGAGGCUAACUACCCAAGCUAUCGGUCAUCGCGAAACCACGCAACCUGGGCACAAACUGGGGUGGGCGGGUGUGGUUCAGGAGCUACAAAAGAGUCCCCGGAUGCACAAGCGACGCUCCUCCAUCGAAAGGUCUAUCGAACAAGAGUUGGCCAACUCCAAGCUGACAAUAUGAUACAACGAUGGGUAUAGGAGUGUUGCUUGCGGCAGACAUGGGAAAGCGUCAAGACUAUAUAGAUGGCACCUACAUAUACGCAAACUACAACGAAAAACGAUUUACCGGCUUACGACUACAGGUUACACGGCACUAACGACGUAUGAACACUUGCAUAUGCAUGCAUAUUGGACAGACGACACAUCAUCUGGCGACACUCAGCUUGAGGCCCUAGA